ACUUGUCAUGUUGAACUUUUGUGUUCAUACAUUCGUGCCGAACCUAUAUGUAUCUUUAUAUUUAAAAAUGAAAUGCAAUAUAAAUUGUCUAUGGCAAUAGAACAAUUUAUGUAGGUAGAAUAUACACGAAAGAAGAAUGGCAGAAUUUAACAUGAUCCUUGAAGAAUGCGUUUCUAGCCUUGAGUCAGCAAAUUAUGAUGAAAAAUCUAUUUGUGCGUUUAUAACACGUGUUGAAAAAGUAAGCACCACUGGCCACGAAAACAAUAUUUUGAAUGUGUUCGAGUCAAUUAUCUUACAAGCAAACCUGUCAUGGGUUUUAGAUCCCAAAACUGAAAAUCAGCUUAUGAUUCUGCUGUCCAACUUCUCUCCUCAAUCUUCAAUACUGAGUUUUUGUUCCAUCAUACCAAAGCUAAAUAUUGGAGCUCGAUUUCAACUUGUUGUUUCACUUUUGGACAAACUUUUUCAUCAGCAUUGUUUUACCGACAUCAUUGUAAGAGAGUGCAAAGAUUUGUCAAGUCAUGAUGAACUCAGCAAAAUGUUGGUCAGAGUUGUGGCCAGCUUGCCAGAGUUGAUUUCAAAUAAACAGCAAAACUCACUGAGGUGUCAUAUGUUUCACCACGAACGUUUCUUUACUUUUCUUGGAUUUGAAAUUGUAAAUUCUGUCUUUGAACUUUCCACUAGUAAAUUGCACAGUGGUUAA